GCUCACUCAACCAUCAAACAGACAGAACUCAAAGACCUGACACGAGAGUCACCAGAAGAUCAGAAAACAUCUAGUUUCUAUCUGCUGAACUAAACCACCUGUCCUCUCCUAAGAUGAAGACAUUCAGUGUUGCAGUUGCAUUGGCCGUUGUGCUCGCCUUCAUUUGUAUCCAGGAGAGCUCUGCUGACCCAAUCACUGGGGUACAAGAGCCAGAGGAGCCGGAGGAGCCGAUGAGCAACGACAAUCCAGCUGCUGAACAUCAAGAGUUGCCAGGGAGAUUGGAGAAGAUGCUGUCCGACAUCAGACAGAAGCGCCAAACCAAUUGCUGCCCUUACACCACCCAUGGCGGCCAUGAGUGUAUACUCUGCGGCGGCUCUCAUGGCCACGACCCCAUACUCAAAGCGCCCGAGUAGAGAUUUUUUCUCUUAAUACAAUUCAACAACUUUCAACUUGUGAUUGUAAGUAUGUGAGGAUGUUACUGGAUUUGGUCAUGAUGUAGUUCAUAUGUUCUCAGUGAUGUGACUGCAUCAUCCACACACUACACUGAAUAUCUACAGAUACUGAUGUGUUUUAUCACAAUAAAGUUUCAAUUGACUUCUAUACAAUGUGUGAACAUGUU